UAGACCUGAGGCUUUCUAUCCUCGAUCAGGAUUCUGAAAAUAUCUUGAUCGCUUGAUUGUUUGUCUACAUCAUUAUUCAACUGUAAACUUUACAUUAUUUGCGAUACACUUCCAAAACUGAGACAUUAGCUAUCGCUGAAGGAUGAGAGAAGUUCAGACAGAGGAAGAAUUGGAACAAGCCAUCAAGGAGAGUGAAACGAAAUUAAUGAUAUUGGACUUUUUCGCUGAUUGGUGUGGUCCGUGUAAAAGAGUUGCACCAGAACUAGAUAAAAUAUGUGAAGAAUGGCAAGAUGUCCUGUUCGUAAAAUUGAACGUUGACGAGUUAGAGUCUGCGGCUGAGACUUAUGCGAUAGCUGCAAUGCCCACAUUCAUUGCAUUCAAGGGUGGAGAGAAAAUCGAUGAAGUGGUUGGUGCCAAUUUGGACAAACUAAGGGAAAUGAUUGAGAAGUAUAAAUAGAAGGACAAAAGAUGGGGAAAGAAUACAGAAGAAUCGUUGUUCCCAACUUCUUUUUGUGUUACAAGUAGUCAUAAAUUGCACUUAGUCAUGAGACAUGUAAAACGUAUCCAUAAAUUCAGUGGCAUUUACUUUUUGUUAACUUCCAAAUUGAUCAUUUAAUUUCCUAAAAGCUAUGCAUGAAAGAGGGCUAAUAAAGGGCUGCUUUUGAUUUGAAAUAAAUGUAAUCAUUGUUUA